UGGGUGGUGGGAAACACCCUUUUGACUAAUAAGAGCUGUUCUUUAUGCUUCAGUACCUACGUGCACCAGGAAAGUGCUUCUCUUUAUCAGUAGCAUUUGCCUCUGUAAAGAAGUCAACCUCUUCAAUGGGUCUGCAUAAUUCACACCCAAAGCUCUACCCUGGAGAUAUUCUUGAAUUUCCUCGAAACAAGUACUUCUCCCAGUUUGGAGUUUACUAUGGAGAAAGAGAUGGUGUUCCCUAUGUGGCACAUUUAACAUGCAGGGACUCGGAGACAAAGUUUGUCCUCUUUGGUCGGGCUUUGAACGCCACUAUAAAGCUGGACCCAGUUGAUGUAGUUGGGACAAAAUACAAAGUGAAUAAUUACCUGGAUGAGAAGCACCCACCUCGAGACUUCUACUCCCACAUCAAGGCAGAGAUUGAAGAAGCCAUGACUAAGCCCGUCACCUAUGAUAUCCUGUUCCACAACAGUGAACAUCAGGCAACACUCUUACGCUACGGAGUCAAAAAGUCAGAGCAAAUUGACAAAGUCUACGCAAAGAUAGUUCAAACCUGGCGUGAACCAUUUGUGAAGAAGAAAUUUUGAUUCAAGUUCUCCAAAUCUCCACUUGAGGGCAGAAAAGAGACAGUCAAGAUUGUACAACAGAAGCAUGGCAUAAAAUCAAAGUCCAAUAGUUAACAUGUGAUUCAUUCUGUGUUGUGUGUUUGGAGAAAUCGUCCAUGUUGUGGUACUGGCGAAGAGAGGAGAAUGUGCCAUUAGGACAAUGAAUGUCAGCUUUCAUAAAAUGCCUGAAAAGGAAAAUUGGUAAUACGAAUAACAGUACUUCAGUUUUCAUAUUCUGUUUUUACUUGGAAUAAUAUUUCUGUCCUAAGCCACCAGUUUACAGAACUACUAUUUCACUAUAUUGUUUUUCUACCUUUCCACUCAAUGCUGAAGUGAAACAUUUCCCUUGCUCCAAACUCUCAUCACAGUAAGCUAUCAUACACUGAGUUAUUGGUGUGACAUGGAAAACCCUUUUAAAGAAAUAUUUCAGAUAUAUUUCAUCAAUAACCAGACAGAAUUAUUUCCAGCCCUUCUCUUUUGACAUAUGAGUUAUAUCAGACUUUAUGUAAUUUGUACCCUUAGUACGGGAAACCUCUACUCUUUCCAUAAUCUGAGGAGCCCUAUUUUCUUUUUAUGUCUUUAAAUGUCUUUAUGUCUUUACAUAAUGUUCUUUACGGAAUUAUAUUCAUAAGCUACAUGUAUAUUAGAAUAUAGUUUGUACUCCACAAUGCCAGCAUAAUAUUCUUUUGGAAUGUAAUUUUUCUAAAGUUUUGCUUUGUUUUCUGCAAUUUAUACUGGGCAGACACUGUAAAUAUUUUAAUAUGAGCAAAAGUUGGAACUGCAGUGUUUGCAUUAUCAGCAGUAAGAGAGAUGUGCAGCAAGAGUAAGCAAAUAGGCAACAAGAGAGAUUGGCUAAAUGUAUUAGUCCUGAUUAAACUGUUGUUCAUCACAAACACUCAAGUGUAAAACUUCCUGACACUUAACUGAAUAACUGUUUUGUGCUUCUGAUUUUAACAUUACCAUUAAAGUUCACACAUUAAGUUCU